AUGGCCAUAUUCACAAGUAACCUUGACCACGCCGGCAUAUUUCAGCUCGCUCCUUUCGUGAUUGCGACUUUUGUUAUCCUUGCAAUUUUCGCCAAUGUUCUGAAACAGGCCCUUUUCAAAGAUACUAACAAACCGCCGCUCGUUUUUCAUUGGUUACCCAUCAUCGGAAGCACUCUUUCAUAUGGGAUCGAUCCGCUUAAAUUCUUGGAAGAUUGUAAGAAGAAGCACGGAGAUGUCUUUACGUUCAUCCUGUUCGGAAGACAUACUACUGUCUGUUUGGGGGCCAGAGGUAAUAACUUCGUGUUAAACGGUAAACACAGCGACCUCUCCGCCGAAGAAGUUUAUUCACCAUUAACUACUCCCGUUUUUGGGUCUGGAGUCGUCUUCGAUUGUCCAAAUGAGAAACUGAUGCAGCAGAAGAAGUUCGUCAAAUUCGGCUUAACAGACGCGUCGCUUAAACGCUACGUAAAGUUGAUUGCACUUGAAGCGGAGGAGUUCUUCGCGAGCUAUUGCAGUCUGCAAGGCACAAAUGGGGUAUUGGAUGUUCCGCCCGCUAUGGCGGAGCUCACAAUCUACACUGCUUCACGGUCUCUACAAGGCAAGGAAGUUCGUGCACAGUUUGACUCCACCAUCGCUGAGCUUUUCCAUGACCUGGACAUGGGUUUCACACCCAUAAACUUCUUGAUGCCCUGGGCACCUCUACCAAGGAAUCGUGCGCGUGACCGGGCACAAAAGAAGAUGACCCAGGUGUACUUGGAUAUCAUUCAGAAGCGGAGAGAACAAGGAAUGGGGAGCCACAACGUGGAGAAUGAGGACAUGAUCUGGAAUCUCAUGUCCUGCCAGUACAAAAAUGGAAGGAACCUUUCUGACAAGGAGAUUGCGCACAUGAUGAUUGCGCUUCUUUUAGGAGGCCACCACUCAUCUUCGGCAACCAUAUCAUAUAUUAUUCUACAGCUGGCUUUACAUCCAGAAGUCCAGGAGGAGCUCCUGAAGGAGCAGCUGAGCGUUCUAGGAUCCACGAACAGUCCUCUCACGUACGAUGGACUGCAGAAGCUGAAAUUGCAUCAGUAUACUGUGAAAGAAACAUUACGUCUACAUAACCCUGUUCAUUCAAUUCUACGACAGGUAAAAAGCCCCCUUGUGAUCCGCGGGAAUGUUUCUCGCUACGUUAUUCCGCCAUCUCAUCUUGUUCUUGCAAGUCCUGCGAGCAGUUCGCGAGAUGAGGUAUACUUUUCGGAGCCAAUGAAGUGGGAACCGCACCGAUGGGAGAAUAAUUUCACUGCCAACAUGACAAAAAUUGGCAAUGAAGAUGGUGACGAAGACGAGAAGGAAAGCAUAAGUACCGGCUCAAGCAGUCCCUAUCUACCAUUCGGUGGCGGUCGGCACAGGUGCAUUGGUGAAAAAUUCGCAUAUGUGCAACUUGAGGUUAUUUUAACACUACUCGUCCGUCACUUCAAAUUCAAUCGGUCGUUUGAGUUGCAAGGAUUUCCCGCAACAGAUUAUUCAGUGAGUCAUACAUGGACAACCAAAUAUUGA